AUGGCAACCCACCCAGCUAGUCACCUGAUUCAGGAUCAGAAUCUCAGUAUCCUCUCUAAUGGUGCUACUCUCGGGGGUAAGACUGGUGUCACCAAGGCAGAUAAGAAAGGAGGGCUCGGUGGAAGAAAAGCUCUUAAUGACAUAUCAAACUCGAGAAAUGCUAACGUGCUUCGAACGAAGAAAGAUCUCAGUGUGUCGAAAACUAAGUCUGUUGUUGGGGGGAAAAUGGGUGGUAGAAAAGCACUUGGUGAUCUUACGAACUCUGUGAAGCCAUCCUUGCAGGCAGUUCCAAAGAAGGGUCAAAAGUUGAAUCCGGUUGCUGAAGAAAAUGUUCCCGUUUGCAUUGAGGAGGAGGGGUUCCUGCACAAUCAUCACGAGUGCAUCAAAGUCCAGAGAAAUGCUGUGGAUGUGGAUUAUUUUAUGAAGUCUGUCAUCGGACUAGAUAAUGAUGUUCCUAUGUGGCCAUCAUCUCCAACGGCAUUUGUAUCAUCGUCUAAGCCAAGUCUGGAGAGACCUUUGAAGCACUUGGAAAUGGAGGAGAUACCAGAGCUGCUAUUUGGAGAUCAAGUUUCUAGUCUGCGGAAAACCAAUAUUCCUGGCUACUCUUCGCCUUCUUGGGGAUCUCCUAAAUCACCUAAAUCGCCAAAACUGCCAUUUACGAACUGGAUGGAUUUUUCUGAUACCGUGUUGAAGGAGUCUCCAAAACCGCUGAAUCCUUGA